AUGCAGUCCGCGCUGCGCUCGGCCACUCGACGCGUGGUGGGCAUCAGCAGCCGCCGCGGCGUCGCCACCACCACCACCAAGGCCGCCACCGCCACCGCCAGGGAGCCCGAGAGGGAUUUGGUGGCCGAGAACGAGAAGGCGUGGGUGGCAGCGCUGGUCCAGCGGGAGGUGCGCGCGCAGAUGGUGGCGGUGGAGGAGAGGCGCAUCACGCGCGACCGCCUACGCGCCGUGGUGGAGGAGUCGGCCUCCCGCCGCCGCCGGCUUGCGGACGAGGUGGAGCUGUGGGCUGGCUAUUGCGCCUGCUCCGCUGCUCUGGGCGGGUGGGCCGUGGGCGCCGGGUUGGCGAUCCUGCUGUUUGCUCUCUGA